UCAGCCGCUGGGGCCGCAACCGAACCAAACACAAACAUAAGAGAAUAAAAUAAAAAAGGUAAAAGAAACAAUAGAUAAAACCCUAAGAUCCCUUCCCAUCAUUGCCUAAACCCAACUGUUUACCUUUCUAGGUUUGGCUUCUGUUGGUUUUGUGUUUCUCUUUUGGAAAGAACACAAAAAAACAACAACAAAAAUCCAUGGACUCAAGUCACUCAAAGCCUCAUUCCCCCCAUGCCUCUCUUUCCACAACACCAGAGGCCCUAGCAAACCAACAAAAGAGCACUCUUUUCAGCUCAUCAUCUACAGGUUCUUUCUUAAUCCGUGCUCCUCUUACUAUUGAUGAUGACGAUGAUGAUGACAAUGAUGAUGAUUUGGAGUCCAAUGGUUAUAAAAUAACUGUUACUGACAGUGGUGAUGGUAGUGGUGAAAGUAUUACUAGUAGUGAUAGUGAGGGGUUUGUGAGUGGUGAGGACUUUGAGACUGCCUCAGAGAGACCUUUCGUGGGUGACCCAGACGGGGAAAAUUUUGAAGAAAGUGGUUUUGUCGAUAAAUACGUAUUAUCUAGGCCCUCUGUGGCUGACCCAGAUGAAGAAUUCUCUCAACAAUCCACAGUAGAUGAUGAAUAUGAUGACCAUGUAGUUGAUUUAGCUGUGGUGAAUAAUCCAAGGGUGAAGCCUUUUGCCCGUUUGACGAUGGAUGAUGAUGUUUUUGAUGAGCUGGUUGCUGGUGAUGAGAUAAUGUUGAGUGAAGAGCAAGAUGCUGUCUUUUCAUAUGUAGCUAAGGUUCCUGGUACUGAGAAUCUUGGGGGAGUUGAUAGUACACCUAGAAUUAAGUUAAUGGAUAUAGAAGACGGAGAAGAGGAGCCAUUAUCUGAGCCACUGUCUCCGGUGAUGUUCGUUGAUGCUUCAGAUUCGGGGAAAUUUAUUGCAGUUAAGGAUGUGGGUUUGAGUACGUAUGGCGAGGCAAGUUUGGUGGAUGAUUUUGUUGAUGAACCAGUGUCAGCUGAAUCGAUUGCAGAUAAGGGUAAUGGUGUUACACAGAAGACUCACUUUGAGUCCUUUCUGGAGGGUAAAGAAGAGGAUUUCGAGGUUGUUAAGAAUAGUGUUGAGCGAGGACCAGUACCUGAAGUUUCUGCACGGAAACUGAUUGCAUCAAGUGGUAGCGAUGGACAUGAGAAGAAAGAAUAUGGUGCUGGAAUAGGAAGGGGAAGUGCUUCUUUGGAUCAAGGUGGUGCAAUAGAAAACCUGGAAAGUAAAAGCGAGCCAGUAACUGAUAUGGGAGUACAUUUGUAUGAUCCAUUGGCAGUCAUCUCAGUCGAGUCCAAAGGUGGUUUUGUUGAGGGGAGGGAAGUUCAGGAUGUGGAUUAUGAAGUUUCAGAAUCAAAUUCAACUCUGCAGGAUGGUAAAUUGCCUGCAACUAAUGAGGAUGAUAAAUUGCAAGAUUCAGAGUUAAAUAGUUCCAGUUCCUUUGAAUUUGUAAAACAAAGCUCCUUUUCAGACCAUGAAGUAAAACCUGAAGCAGAAGAUGAUGUUCAUACACGAGGAAGGGAAAAGAGUUUACUUUCCGAUCAAGAAGUUGAAGAAUUAAUUUUCGGCAGUUCGGCAGGGGAUUUUCAAGACCAGUCACGGAGAGUUGAUGGACAGAUCAUCUUGGACUCGGAUGAUGAAGUUGACGCUGAUAGGAAUGGUGAAGCAAAUGAAUUAUUUGAUUCUGCUGCAUUGGCUGCUCUUUUGAAAGCUGCAACUAGUGCUGAGUCAGAUGGUGGUGGCCUUACAGACAUCUCUGCUUCAAGAGUAUUCUCUCUUGAAAAUUCCUUUGGCUCAGGUUCCUUAGCUGCACCACCAAAUGUCGGUAAGGAUGGAUCAAAGGACAACCUCAGUGAUGAAGAAAAGAAGAGGAUUGAGAAGAUACAACUCUUGAGAGUGAAAUUCUUGAGACUCAUCUGGAGAGUGGGCUAUUCGCCAGAUGAUUCCCUUGUUGCACAAGUGUUAUACAAACUGGCUCUAGCUGUGGGGAGGCAUUCCAGUGAAGCAUUCAGCCUUGAAUCAGCCAAGAGGGUUGCUAUGCAAUUGGAAGCAGAAGGUAAAGAUGAUUUGGACUUCUCUUUGAACAUUUUGGUGCUUGGGAAAACUGGAGUGGGAAAGAGUGCAACCAUUAAUUCUAUUUUCGGCAAAGAGAAAGCCAGUGUUGAUGCAUUUGAACCUGGAACUACCUCUGUGAAUCUUAUUGCUGGAAUGAUAGAUGGAGUUAAGAUUAGAAUCCUUGACACACCGGGCCUCAGAUCUCCUAUGACGGAACAAACUAUCAACAAGAAAAUAUUAGCGUCUAUAAAGAAGUUUACGAAGAAGUUCCCUCCAGAUGUUGUCCUCUAUGUUGAUCGAUUAGACAGCCAUAUUAGAGAUGCUAAUAAUUUUCCAUUGUUACGGUUAAUUACUAGCUCUCUUGGUUCGUCAAUAUGGCAAAAUGCUAUUGUGUGUUUGACUCAUGCUGCUUCUGAUCCCCCAGAAGGGCCAUCUGGGUCUCCCCUUAGCUAUGAGGUGUUUGUUGCUCAACAAUCCCGUGCUAUCCAGCGAGAUAUCAGCCGGGCAGUUGGUAAUCUGCGUCUGAUGAACCCAGGCAUGAUGCAUCCAGUGUCUCUUGUUGAGAACCAUCCGUCCUUUCGAAAGAAUAGAUUUGAUAAAAGUGUGCUCCCAAAUGAAGAGAGUUGGAAACCACAAUUGUUACUAGUUGGCUUCUCAUUAAAGAUCUUAUCUGAAGCAACUACUGUGUCAAGACAUCAAGAUCCCUUUGAUCAUAAGAAGCUUUUUGUCUUCCGUCGUCCUGCACCUCUAUCCUACUUGUUGUCGUCACUGUUGCAGUUUCGCUCUCAUCCAAAACUCUCCACUGAUCAGGGUGGUGAUGAAGUUGACUCAGAUUUUGAAUUGGGUGAUUUAUCAGAUUAUGAACUAGAAGACAACGAUGAAUACUCCCAGCUUCCACCUUUCAAGCCUCUGAGGAAAUCUCAGGUUGCUAAGCUGAGCAAGGAGCAAAGGAAAGCCUACUUUGAGGAGUAUGAUUAUCGGGUCAAGCUCCUUCAGGAGAAACAGUGGAAAGAGGAGCUCAAAAGAUUGAGGGAGAUCAAGAAAAAAGGUAUCAGUAAGGACUAUGAUUUCAACAGUGAAGAUGGGGAAAAUGAAGAUGAAAGUCCUGUAGCAGUACCUGUUAUUUUACCUGACCUUGCUCUACCACCUACUUUUGAUGGUGACAAUCCUACUUACAGAUACCGAUUUUUGGAGCCUACAUCUCAGCUUCUUGUGAGACCAGUUCUUGACUCGCACAGUUGGGACCAUGAUUCUGGGUAUGAUGGUGUCACCUUUGAAAGAAGUCUUGCUAUUGCCAGCCGGUUUCCUGGUGCAUUCAGUCUUCAAUUAACAAAGGAUAAAAAGGACUUCGUUGUCCAGUUAGAAUCCUCAGUUUCAGCAAAGCAUGGGGACAACGGAUCAACCAUGGUAGGAUUUGACAUACAGACUUUUAGAAAGCAUCAGGCUGCUUACGCCCUGAGAGGCGAAACCAAAUUCAGAACCUUCAAAAUAAACAAAACAUCUGCUGGAUUAUCAGUUACUUUAUUCGGUGAGAAUCUGGUAACUGGACUGAAAAUUGAGGAUCGGAUUGCUGUUGGAAGGGACUUAGUUUUGGUAGGAAACGCAGGAGCUAUACGAUGUCAAGAUGAUACAGCGUAUGGAGCCAACCUGGAAUUGCGCCUUAAGGAUAAAGAAUAUCCUGUAGGGCAGGACCAUUCCAGUUUAAGUCUGUCGCUUAUGAAUUCGAGAGGUGACUUAACUAUGGUGGCCAACCUACAGUCUCAGUUCUCCAUCGGAUUCGGUUCCAAAAUGGCAGUACGCGUGGGAUUGAAUGACCGGCGAAAUGGGCAAAUAACUGUAAAAUUAAGCAGCUCAGAGCAACCACAGAUGGGUCUCGUUAGUAUUCUUCCAUUAGCAGUAGCCCUCUUUCGGAAUAUUUUUCCAGGAUCUGGUGGGAAAAACUCAACAUAAUAGUUACUUAUUGCAGUCUUUUUUCACUGUUCAAAUUUUUUUCCAUCUGCAAAACGCCUAAAUUAUUCUAGUGGGUCUGUAUUAGCUGUAACAUUAAUGAGAUGAAACCUAUUUUGUAUAGUUAUUGUAUUUCAUGAUCUUUUUUUGGUGAAAGUGC